AUGCCCUCCGUCACCCACGAGAGGAUCCCCUCGGCCAAGAAGAGGAGGCGAGAUGAUGUCGAGAAUUCCUACACUUCGGGUAACAUCCAGAUCCCAUUGUAUGCGGACUACACGUCAAACUACCCAUCGCCACUCCAGCUUGCUAAUCCGACCUCCCUCUACACCAGCUCCCACCCAGCCCUCGACACCACACGCGGCAUCCUAGCCGACAAAUCUUCCUACGCGAAUCCCACCGCACUUCAUCCCUACCCGCCUACCCUGCGCAAGAUAAUACCCAUUGCCAUCAACAAGAAACAGCGCAUGUCCGUGUCCGAUGACGUUCACCACCGAGAGGACAGCCAUCACGGGAUGCGAGCCAAGUCCAACUCUCCAACUUCCGCUUCCCACCCCCACCACCAGAAACAACACGCUUUGUUGUCCAAGAUUAAAUGUCUAGACCGCUGUCAUAUCUGCUUUCGAAAACCGAGCAAGAAGGCCGACCUGGACUCGUACGCCGAUUGCCAAGGAUGCGGCCAGCGCACAUGUUAUGUAUGCAUGAGGCAGUGUCCUGGAUGGACAUCAAGUUUUCAUCAGCAAGAACGACAUCCCCAUACCGGAGAACAAGAAGCGCAAACUCAAGAUAUCCCCUUGGCGAGUUCGAGUCCUGAAAACUCGUUCACAAUGGUGGAUGCGGACGCAGAGGCAGAGGCGGACUACGACGCGUUGGCUGAGAAGGAAAGCCAAAGGCCAAGAUCGACGCCUGGUUGGCAUGCCAACGGCCACAGGGAAACGAUAUGCGGACAGUGUUGCGAGGAAAGAGGUGAUAAUGGGGAUGUGGUGUGUUUUGGCUGUUUACCUUCGUUUGGGGGCUGA